GCGUUUUGCUCAGGCAGCGCGCAGGGCAGCGCAAGGGGUGGGCCCAGGGGCGGUGCGGCGGAGAGCGGCCCGCGGGUGACGGCGGCGGCGCGACGGGAGCGGGCGUUUUUCCCAGUGGUUCUGAGGGAGUGUUGGCAGUUCCCCUCGCCUUUUGGCCCUCUCGUUCCCGAGGCAAUGCCCAAAGUGAAGAGGAGCAGGAAGCCUCCCCCGGAUGGCUGGGAGCUGAUCGAGCCCACGCUGGAUGAGCUGGAUCAGAAGAUGAGAGAAGCGGAGACGGAGCCGCACGAAGGGAAGAGGAAAGUGGAGUCCCUCUGGCCCAUCUUCAGGAUCCACCACCAGAAAACACGUUACAUCUUUGAUCUCUUCUACAAGAGGAAAGCAAUCAGCAGAGAGCUCUAUGAGUACUGCAUCAAGGAGGGCUACGCUGACAAAAACCUGAUUGCCAAGUGGAAGAAGCAGGGCUAUGAGAACCUCUGCUGCCUGCGCUGCAUCCAGACUCGGGACACCAACUUUGGGACCAACUGCAUCUGCAGGGUCCCCAAAAGCAAGCUGGAAGUGGGCAGAAUCAUUGAGUGCACUCACUGUGGAUGCAGAGGCUGCUCUGGGUGAAGCCUUUUGCCAUCAGACUUGUUUUUUGAACUCUGAGGGACAUCUUCCUCCUCCUCCUCAAUGGACUAUGAGUGCAAUUACAGCCAUUUUCUGUGAUGGGAUAUUUCUGUAAUAUAAUUAAAGCAGCAGCAUGAUCACCUGGAUCGUGCAUAAAUGCGGGGUACUUUGGAGUAGGGUUUUGUGUAGCCAUUUAUUUUAAAAUAAAGCUUGCCUUCCUGAGAA